CGGCCGUCGUAUAUACGGUUGCACACACACAUUCAUACACACACUCACACCACAUAUACACCUCACCGCACCGCAACCCAAUUGGUAUACGCUCGCGCCGUCUGUCCGUCGGCUGUGUCUACGUUUGUGUGUGAGUGCGCGCCGCGAGUUAGUGGCUGUGAGCGCGCGCUGUGUGUCUGUGUGUGUGUAAAACAGUUUCUGUGUGUGGUGUCGUCGUCGUCCGUCGUCCGCACGCGCCGCCACCGCUCUAGAGUGGUGUUGUCGCCGCCGCCGCCGCCGUCGUCUCCAUCGUGUGGUGGUGCGAUCGAAUAUCGAAAUCGAAUUGCGCGAAUUUUAAUAAAAAAUCGCGUUUCCUAGUGUUUUAUUAAGUGCAUUUGCGUAUGGUAUCGUAACCAAUUAUUACAUUUCUAUGAAUCUUUUAAUAUAAAUACAUUGUGUGUGUGUGUGUGUUUGUAUACAUAUACAUGCAUGUUAUGUACAUAUAUAAUAUAUGUAUCUAGACUACAUGGUACAUGUCUUUUAAUAUAAGAUACCGUAUUCGUCAUGUAUUAGAGACAUUUAGUAUUCACGUAUAUAUUUAUAGAUAUAUAAAUAAGUAAUAUACACUCAAAUUACAUAAAUCGCCGCGACGUAUAAGUGCGUGUGCUCUGGCCUCCGCCCCGCCGCAACCGCUGCGAAAACAGCAGCAGCAGCAGCAGCAGACGCCCUCACGCCGGAAAUCCACAAAAAUAGGCUGGCCUAAUGUUAUGGGGUGUUUUGGUAGCGCCGCGGCCAAGACGGACCACGACGAUGCGAAAAAGGGCAAGGAGACGAACAAAAAGAUAAACCAGCAGCUGCAAAAGGACAAACAGGUGUAUAGGGCCACACACAGAUUACUGUUACUAGGUGCUGGAGAAUCUGGUAAAAGCACAAUUGUCAAACAAAUGCGAAUAUUGCAUGUUAAUGGCUUUAGUGAAGAAGAAAAGAAGCAAAAAAUAGAAGAUAUAAAGAAAAAUAUACGAGAUGCCAUUUUGACAAUUACAGGUGCAAUGAGUACUCUAACCCCACCAGUUCAAUUAGAACAUCCAGAAAAUCAAUUUAGAGUCGAUUACAUGCAAGAUGUAGCCUCUCAACAUAAUUUUGAAUAUACAACAGAAUUCUAUGAACACACUGAAAUUCUAUGGAAAGAUAGAGGUGUCCAAACUUGUUUUGAAAGAUCCAAUGAAUAUCAACUCAUUGACUGUGCAAAAUAUUUUCUUGAUCAAGUACACAUUAUUAAGCAACCCAAUUAUACUCCUUCCGAACAAGACAUACUUAGGUGUCGUGUUUUAACUUCUGGUAUAUUUGAAACACGUUUUCAAGUAGAAAAAGUUAACUUUCAUAUGUUUGAUGUGGGUGGGCAAAGGGAUGAAAGGCGUAAAUGGAUUCAGUGUUUUAAUGAUGUCACUGCCAUUAUAUUUGUAACAGCUUGUAGUAGUUACAAUAUGGUCUUAAGGGAAGACCCUACACAAAAUCGGCUCCGUGAGUCUUUAGACCUGUUUAGAAGUAUUUGGAACAAUAGGUGGUUGAGAACUAUAUCAGUGAUAUUGUUUCUAAAUAAACAAGACUUAUUGGCAGAAAAAAUUAAAGCUGGUAAAUCACGGCUAGAAGAUUAUUUUGCUGAAUUUACUCGUUACCAAACGCCAAUGGAUGCUACUCCUGAUCCAGGAGAGGAUCCUCCAGUUAUUAGGGCUAAAUAUUUUAUUAGAGAUGAGUUCCUUCGUAUUAGUACUGCCAGUGGCGAAGGUAAACAUUACUGUUAUCCUCAUUUCACUUGCGCUGUUGACACAGAAAACAUCAGACGCGUGUUCAAUGACUGCCGUGACAUCAUUCAAAGGAUGCACCUACGUCAGUACGAGCUACUAUGAUCUCUCCCCAACCACUCUCACAUAUAUACACAGGUUUUUAAAAUUAUUCUUUUAUUAACAACUUAUUAUAAGUAAGUGAUUCUGUUGUUAUAAAAUACCAAUUAUUUAUAUUCAAGUCCCAAAUGCUUAUUUGAACAUCACUUUAUGAACUUCUUGUUAUUUUUAUUAUGUUUAUUACAAAUUAUAAUUAUGUUUAUCAUUAUUA